AUGAGCACAAACAACUAUCCAUCCGGUUCUUGGACCUUGAACGGCAUCUCCUCAUCCACAGACGAUUCUGGACAUCCACUCGGAAGAGAUGGUAGACCGAUACCAACAGACCGCACCGGAGUUCCUUUGGACAAGGAUGGACAACCACUACCUAUCGACAGCAGUGGACAUUAUGUCACUGUGCCACGAGGUGAAGAAGAAAGAGUUUCUGAACCUAGCAGUGCGGGUUUGCCAGAAUCAACAGCUGGAGUUCAGCGUAACUGUACAGUCAAGAAUUUGAAACUGGACCUUGUGUUCGCAAUUAACACUAAAGACAUGACUAAAACUGCGUUUUACAACAUAAUGCAGGCAAUAUCGCAGUUCGCAGACAAUGUUGACCUUUCUCCUGAUGUGACACGCUUCGGACUAAUUUACGGAAACAAGGAAAUUGUUGUUCCUUUGACACUUGGAGGAUAUCAAGAGAAACAGCACAUGAGGGAGCAAAUUCGACGUGUCGUUUUCACAGAAGAUUCUUCCGAUGAUGAUGUUUCGAUAUACGAUCCAGUGAAACAACAGUUCGCUAUGUUCCCUCGAUUGGAUGCCUCGAAGAUCGCCAUCGUAAUAGGACAGCAACUUACGAGGAUUCCGGAAGAUACAAAUGGUAUUGCGCACCUCUACAUCUCACCGAAGAAGCUACAGGAUAAGCGCUCCAAACAACUAGAACUGGAUAAAGUUCACGGCAGUACUUUUAAUCAAAUGAUACAGCAGCACUGCAAGCGAUCACCGACACAGCUACCUUUAGUUUCACAAAUGACUCUAGAAGAGCACCCAAAAGCAGAUAGCGAGUCAGAGCAAGCAUCCAAAGCCAUGGGGCCCGAUGGACAAGUGCUUCCCACAGACGAAUCAGGAUAUUACAUCCAUCCAGUUGUUGGUCCUGAUGGAAGCCCGCUUCCCACAGAUAUGCAUAAACGACCGAUCUAUCCCAUCGUUGGAAAGGAUGGAAGCCCACUGCCAACAGACAAUUCUGGAGCUUACAUCAGCCCAGAUGGACGACCUAUCCCAACUGACUCAAGCGGAAAACCUCUAGGUGACGAUGGGUCCCCGCUCCCAACAGACGCAUCGGGCAACUAUGUGAUUGCUCCAAUUGAAGAAGCUGUCAGCAAGGAAUUGCCGACAGAUGAAAGCGGAAAUGUUAUCUAUCCUAUCAUCAUCCAGAUGAUCACCGUUGCCUACCGACAUAUCGGCGGUAAUGUGAUAUAUCCAAUCACAAAACCCGACGGCUCACCGUUACCAACAGAUACAUCUGGGCGCUACGUUACUGAUGAGGGUACUAUUAUCGAGAAGGACAGAAGUGGAAGACCACUGGGACCUGAUGGACAAGUACUUCCUACCGAUGAAUCAGGCUACUACAUUUACCCUGCUGUUGGUCCUGAUGGAAGCCCGCUUCCCACAGAUAUGCAUAAACGACCGAUCUAUCCCAUCGUUGGAAAGGAUGGAAGCCCACUGCCAACAGACAAUUCUGGAGCUUACAUCAGCCCAGAUGGACGACCUAUCCCAACUGACUCAAGCGGAAAACCUCUAGGUGACGAUGGGUCCCCGCUCCCAACAGACGCAUCGGGCAACUAUGUGAUUGCUCCAAUUGAAGAAGCUGUCAGCAAGGAAUUGCCGACAGAUGAAAGCGGAAAUGUUAUCUAUCCUAUCACCAUGCCGGAUGGAUCACCGUUGCCUACCGACAUAUCGGGUAACUACGUCACUGAUGAGGGCACUAUCAUCGAGAAAGAUGACGAAGGAAGACCGCUUGGACCAGAUGGACAAGUGCUUCCCACAGACGAAUCUGGAUACUACAUCUAUCCAGUUGUGGGUCCUGAUGGAAGCCCUCUUCCCACAGACAUGCACAAGCGUCCAAUUUACCCAGUUACUGGAAAAGACGGAACACCACUACCGACAGACGAUUCUGGAGCUUACAUCGGUCCAGAUGGACGACCAAUACCAACCGAUUCCAGCGGAAAGCCUCUGGGAGAAGAUGGUUCUCCACUUCCAACGGAUGCAUCGGGCAACUAUGUCACAGUUCCCCGCUCGAAGACGAAGCUGUCGGCAAGCAUGCCACAGAUGAAAACGGAAAUGUUAUCUAUCUCUGUCACCAUGCGGAUGGAUCACCGUUGCCUACGCGACAUAUGCGGUGACGAUGGGUCCCCGCUCCAAACAGACGCAUCGGGCAACUAUGUGAUUGCUCCAAUUGAAGAAGCUGUCAGCAAGGAAUGCCGACAGAUGAAAGCGGAAAUGUUAUCUAUCCUAUCACCAUGCCGGAUGGAUCACCGUUGCCUAACCGACAUAUCGGGUAACUACGUCACUGAUGAGGGCACUAUCAUCGAGAAAGAUGACGAAGGAAGACCGCUUGGACCAGAUGGACAAGUGCUUCCCACAGACGAAUCUGGAUACUACAUCUAUCCAGUUGUGGGUCCUGAUGGAAGCCCUCUCCCACAGACAUGCACAAGCGUCCAAUUUACCCAGUUACUGAAAAGACGGAAAACCACUACCGACAGACGAUUCUGGAGCUUACAUUGGUCCGGAUGGACGACCAAUACCAACCGAUUCCAGCGGAAAGCCUCUGGGGAAAGAUGCCCUCUCCACUCCAACGGAUGCAUGCGGGCAACUAUAUUUACGGUUCCCCUCGAAGACGCUGUCGGCAAGCAACUGCCAACAGAUGAAAGCGGAAAUGUUAUCUAUCCUGUCACCAUGCCGGAUGGAUCACCGUUGCCAACCGACAUAUCGGGUAACUACGUCACUGAUGAGGCACUAUCAUCGGAGAAAGAUGACGAAGGAAGACCGCUUCGACCAGAUGGACAAGUGCUUCCCACAGACGAAUCUGGAUACUACAUCUAUCCAGUUUGUGGUCCUGAUGGAAGCCCUCUUCCCACAGACAUGCACAAGCGUCCAAUUUACCCAGUUGUUGGAAAAGACGGAACACCACUACCGACAGACGAUUCUGGAGCUUACAUCGGUCCAGAUGGACGACCAAUACCAACGAUUCCAGCGGAAACCUCUGGGAGAAGAUGCUCUCCACUUCCAACGGAUGCAUUGGCGUGCAACCUCAUGUCACAGUUCCCCUCGAAGACGCUGUCAGCAAGCAACUGCCAACAGAUGAAAGCGGAAAUGUGA